GUGAACUCUUCUACAACAAAAGGAAUCAAUCCCUCAUCCUUCCCAGGCCGUCAUCACGUUACCGUUGCAGUCGCCUUUGCCGAGUCUUGACAGCCCAUUCACAAUGUCUCACCAGAAGAACGAGAAGGACGUCGGUGAUGCUCCCAAGAGCCACCGUAUCCGAAUCACCCUGACCAGCCGAAAGGUUCAGUCUCUUGAGAAGGUCAGCGCUGAGCUCAUUGAGCGUGCCCGCAGCAAGGGCCUCACCAUCAAGGGCCCUGUCCGCCUGCCCACCAAGAACCUCAAGAUCACCACCCGCAAGACCCCUUGUGGUGAGGGUUCCAAGACCUGGGACUCCUACGAGCUCCGUGUUCACAAGCGCCUCAUCGACCUCCACGCCCCCACCGAGGUUGUCAAGUCCGUCAUCGUCAACAUCGAGGCCGGUGUUGAGGUUGAGGUUACCAUCGCUGCUUAAAUGUGGUCACGAUCCUAGUCAGUAGUAAAACAGCCUGGUUGUGUCCUGGCAUUGUGAGGGAAGGGAAUGAUGGGAACAUCAGGCCCUUGCCCUCGAGAAGAGUGGUGGAUAUAGGAUACUCAGUCAUGAUUAAUGAAUAUCUGAGAACCUCGUGUUCUACCAUUCAAAACUACCGUUUCACAUUGCCACUGUAUUGAUCUUACCUGCCAACUU